AUGGCGUCGAGCAGGGCGGUCGGACCGACGCCUCCGAGCCGAGGGACCACCCUCCUCGCGGCUGCCGGUCGCCCACCCACGCUUUCCAAGUCGGCACUCUCGUCUAUCAUACGUCUUGCUGCUGUACCCCAAGUCAACGACCGGUGGUGGGCCGGCUUCCACGGGACGGGCCACGAGGCUUUUCUCAUCGACCUCCUCAACACCGUCCUCGCCACAACAACGACGACGACCGCCUUUACACUGCUUCCGACGUACGCCCGCUGCGCCGUCUUGACCGACGCCUGCUACGUCGACUUUGCCGCGACGUUUGAAGUCGCCCAUACGCUGUCACGACAAGCACGCUGCAAGCAAAUCGCGUCCUUGGCUAGUGUGCGCAUGAGCACGUCACUUCCAGAGAAGAUCCGCUACUGGGAGCGCCAUUUUCAGUUGCAGUGGCAACCCGGCACCUCGGAAAUCAUGUUGGUUCAAAACGCGCUUGGCAUGCAGCAGCUCGUGACGGUCAAGAACCUGGCGCAAAAGAGCGGUCCGUGGACAUCGCUCGACUUGCGUUGGAUGCCGCUCAACGACCUCGCGAACGGCCACGAGCUGAACCGACGUAUGUCGUCAGUGAGAUGCUUCUCACUGCAACACAAGGGGGCCCGCGAUGGCUGGACGCGGCUGCUCGUAGCUCGUGCUGUUGUGCAUUGA